AUGAGAAAAACUAUGAAGGAUAAAAUGUUGAAGCUAAUGUUAGUAAUUGUAGGACUGGUAAAUAGUUUGACAUACAAUAGGACUAUCGACCCAUGCCCAACAGUUCAAGAGCCAGAACUGGAUAUAAAGAGCCAUACUGGAAAUUUUUCUGAUAAAGCUGAAUCGACUUCAACGGAUGAUGACUGGAUUUUAUUGCCCAGAAAUUUAUCUGAAGUACCAACAAUUAAAUCCUAUGACCCCAUGAAUCAAAUUAAGGAUUUAAAAGCCUCUGAAAGCCAAAAGCUAGUUGAAAGUCAACAGUCUAUCAACACAUCUGAGCAUGAAUCUAUCAAGAAGUCUGGAACAUCCGAUGAGGAUGGGUCUACUGCAAUGGAUGACUGGUGCAUUAUAAACAAGAAUCUAUCAGGGCUACCUGAAAUAGAAUCUUCCACUUUAGAAGAUCAAGAAGAUUCAAAUGACAGCGAAUCUACUUCGAUAAAUGAUUGGACUCUUUUACCUGAAAAUAUGUCUGAUGUAUCAACAAUUGAGUCUUAUGAUCCUGAAGCACCAACUAAAUCAGCCAGGGAGACUGAUUUGAACUUUGACUUUAUUGAGAGUACGAUUAGGUCUAGAUCGUUAAAAUAUGAGCCGCUCCACCCUGGGCGUCUAGUCUAUCUUCUUAAUCAGAUAUUCGAUGCAUUGCCACUCGGUCGUAAGAACCGUGUGUUGCCGCUUAAAGAUACUGUCCUUGGUAUUUUCAGAAUCCACCACAGGGAAUUUUUGAAAUUAAUCGGCCAAAGCCCAAUAGCCGAACAAGUUCUUUUGUCAAUGAACAGGUUUAAACGACAAGAAAUUCGCUGCAGACAUGUUAUUUAUUAUAUUUCAACAGUCUUUGAGUACUCCAAGUCCAGAAAUUUGAAUGAUUAUAAACUAGUAGAAAUCCUAGCAUAUGCAUUGACUUACCUGAAUGCUUUUCUAAGAAUGGAAGAUCGUAAACAUUUCCUAUACAAACAGGCAUUCCAUGUGAGGAAUAUGCCAAGAUAUCCGGCAUUGAGAACACGCGAGCCACAUCUUUCCGAAGAGCAAUCGGAAAAGCUAUUAGCAGGUUUUAUUUACAUUCCAAACUUUAAAAAGCCAGAGAAACAGACUCGACGAGCUAACUUACAGGGUAAUAUUGAGCGCAUCAAGAAAGAGAUGCACAUCGCCAAGUCUAGAAGUGCAGACUUCGACUUUAAGCUGCUACUCACAUCACUUAAAGGCAUAUUUGAUGCUCUACCUUUUAAAAAUGAGAAAGACCAGGAAUGUGACUUGUCCAAAGAUACCGUUUUGGAUAUGCUUAAAAUUCUCCGCGAUGAGUUCAUAAGAAUAGCUGCCAAAAGCCAAAAAACCCAGGAUGCACUGUCAUCAGUUUGUGGGUUUGAAGACAAGCUAGUCAGCUGGAAACACACCAUCGACUCACUUUCGUCAGUGUUCAAUACUUAUCCACACAGAAAAGCAGACAUUAACAAUCCCGGAUUUGCUAAAAAUUUAAUGUUUUCCCUGAUCUACUUGGAUGCUACCCUGGAAUUCUAUGAUUUUUCGUUUGGCGAUGGGCCCGAUCAUCGAAAUUAA